AGCAGACGGCUCAAAUUUAGCUCGCUCGUAUAAUCGACUUUUAAUUUGACUACUUAUGUCUAGACUUAAUAACCUUCAUUUGAAAUAAUUUAACUAUUACGAAGUCAAACGGUGCAAAAAAUAAAAAUAUUUCGAGUAAUAGUCAAACUAUAGCCAAUAAUUAUUUCUUACCUGUUACAACGAUUACAAUAAAUAUUAGAGGUUAUAAAAUUGAAAAUGAAACAGAAACUCGAUUGUUACUCCAAGAUGAUAUUACAAUUGGUGAGGAGAUUACAUGUUAGCCCUGUUUGCUGGAAGAGUGAAUCUUCUCUAUUGGCAAAGCUCCGGAAAAAGACAGGCUACACAAUUGCCAAUUGCAAAAAAGCCCUAGAAAUGCAUAACAAUGAUUCUGACAAGGCGGAGGCAUGGCUGAAUGAGCAAGCACAAGCAAUGGGAUGGGCGAAGGCUACUAAACUAGCCGGUAGAACAGCACUACAAGGUCUUGUUGCGGUAAAAUUUGAUGCCAAUCAUGGAGCCCUUGUUGAACUUAACUGUGAGACAGAUUUUGUUGCAAAAAAUGACAAGUUUCAUAAGAUGAUAGAAGAUGCCACUCUUGCUUGUUUUAAGUUUGCACAUACUAGUUUGCAAUCGAAAGGACCUAUUACAAAGAUGGAAUUGGAUAGUGAGCAGUUGGGAAACCUCUCUGUAGAAGGCAAGAAACUUUCUGAAAUAUUAGCCUUAUUCAUUGGUACUGUUGGUGAAAAUGCAGUCCUGAGAAGAGCGGAGUGUUGGAAAGCAAACAAUAAAGAAGUGAAGAUUGCCGGCUACACACAUCCAGCUCCUGCCAAAUCUGAGGACUAUUCUGCUGGCAAAUAUGGAGCUUUACUGGCAUACAAGCAAUCCGGUGAUUAUGAAGAUAUUGGUCGACAACUUUGUCAGCAUGUAGUAGGAUGUGCCCCUAAGAAAAUUGGCAAUAAGGAUAGUGACAAACCGAACAAAAACUCUGAUGAUGAAAUAUGCCUUAUAUACCAAGAAUAUUUGUUAGAUCCAUCUUACACAGUAGAUGAGAUCCUGGAGCAAAAUAAAGUUGAACUAAUAGAUUACGUAAGAUUCUCAUGUGGAGAAGCUGUGGAAAACAAUAUGCUUGGUGUGGAAAAACAGCCAUUAGAUACAGUUCAAACUUUACAGUAAAAGUAGAAACAUACAAUACUCUGUCUUGACAUUACCUUCAAAAUCAACUUCUAGUAGAUAUAAAAAUAUUUAUUU